GAGAUGAAUAGUGGAAGAAAUUUGCGCUGAGAUUAGGCAGAUGCGCCAGUAGUUUGCGGACUGCGUGGGAUUCACUUCUUAAUGCGACUACACUGUCAACACUGAGAUAGUUAUCCGAACGAUAGUAACUGCAAGAUACUCAGGUAUUGCAGGAUAUUAGCUGUAAAAGUUGCUGUCAACAUUCAUAGCCACAUCCGCCUGCCUGGCAGCCAAUGCAAUGGUAAAAAUUCUUAUUAAUCUGCUUGUUCAGUUGUCCAUCAUAUAUCAGACUCUGGGACAUAUCACUGAGGGCUCUGGGUCGACUUACCAUGACAAUAAUGAAGUUGUGCAUGGGGAAGAGACUUACAACACCCCUCAUUUGGACUACAAACAUCCACAGUGGUGCCACACAUUUAAGCUAGCCAAUGGGGAGGCAGCUUGUUCUUCUCCUCGAGGCAGGCAUCACCAAAGCACACUUGGAACCCGCUGUUUGCUCUCAUGCGAUCGAGGACAUAAACUGCUGGGCCGGUCAUCAGUGCAAUGCAUGCCCAACCGCCGAUGGUCUGGAACUGCUCUUUGUCGAAAGGUGCGCUGCCAUGUUCUGCCUCUGAUUGACCACAGCACAUAUAGUUGUACCCAUGGCUUUGUGGCAGACUCCAGGUGUGACUACACCUGCUAUGUAGGCUACCAGAUCGAGGGAGAUCGCUAUCGUAUGUGCCAAGAAGAUGGAAAAUGGAGUGGCACAGAACCAACUUGUGCAGAUCAUGACCCCCCCAUACUGAAAUGUCCUUUGUCCAGAGUGAAAGUAGCAGAACCAGGAAAACUAACAGCCAGGGUGUCCUGGGACCGCCCUGUUGCCAAGGAUACAGCUGACAGAGCACUACAGGUCUUACGAAGUGGACUGGAGUCUGGAUCUGACUUUCCUGAAGGAAUUCAUGUAAUUCGAUAUAAAGCCUACGACCAGGCUCGCAACUCAGCAAUUUGCAAAUUUACUGUGCGUAUUGAAGUGAGACGGUGUCCAAAGCUGAAGCCGCCUAUGCAUGGAUAUCUGAGCUGUUCAUCUGAUGGCAAUAAUUAUGGGGCUAUAUGUGAAUACCAUUGUGAGCCUGGCUAUGAGAGGGCAGGAUUUUCCACACGUGUUUGUCAACUUAACCGUAGCUGGUCUGAUAAAGCAGCAGAGUGUGUACUAAUGAACAUAAAAACAGACGUCAGGUCUGCAGGUGCUCUACUUGACCAGUUUUAUGAAAAGAGAAGGCUUCUCGUUGUGUCUACACCAGAUAACGCUAACCAGUACUACAAGCUUCAGAACAUGAUGCUGCAGAGGGCUGGAUGUGGUCUGGAUCUGCGACAUGUGACAGUGAUCGAGCUAUUAGGAACGGCACCUCGUGCAGUGGGGCGCAUCAAAAAACAACACCUAGAGCCCGAGGCUAUAGAGGGUCUUAGACAGGCGCUGCAUAUCUCUACAGCAUAUUUCACCAUGGUGCUGCUAGAUGAAUACGGUGUGGAUCGGGAGCGUUUUGUUAACCCCACCACCUCUGAUGAGCUCUACACAUACAUAGAGGAGUACCUCCUUACAGAGGAGGAGCGCGAGAGACUGGAAAUGAACAAGGACUUCUGUGACUGACCUAUGUCUGAAAUUCAUGAAUCAAUGCAGCAGGGAUUUACUGCAAAAGAGAUUAACUACUUCUGCUUUAGAUGCAAAAUUGAAUUUGUUUUUACUAUAUGAAUGUCAGAGGUGAAAUUAUAGCAAUAGGUUAUCUGGAUGCAUGCACUCCAAGAGCCUGUUUCCAAGACAAGCACUAAUUUAAAAAUAACAUAUUGUGGGAUUAUUAGCAGAGAAUCAAAACUGGAUGUAGUGAUUUAGUCAUGAACAGAUUUUUCUGAAUGUGGACAAUUGCAAAAUGGGGUGACAAUUCUUAAUAAUCUAGUGCACAGCACACAACAUGGAUUGUUGAAAAUAUUUAAUAUUUAUUAAAUGCUGAUCAUGUAGCUCCUAAAAUAAGUUGCUCACAUAGGUGGACUAAACUACAGCAUGAUGAUGAUGAUGUAUGUAAAUCAAUAUGUAAAGCUUUGCUGAGUGGUGUUAAGAACAAAAUACAAAAACAACAAUGGGCAAUACAUCAAGUGUACAUUUAAAAACA